AUGACGCGCCGUUUCGCACACGCCGUUGCCUCGCGCUUGACUCGUCGGCGGUUUGUCUCCAAUCUCGCCUCCCGCUUCGCCAACCGGCGCUUCGCCUUUGCCGUCGCAACUGUAUCCAUCUUCAGUGCCAAGGGCGUUCACAUCUAUACACAUCUGUCUUCAUUACCGGUGGUUCACCUGGUGCGGUGGGGAUAUUCCUUCUUUGCGCAGGAUGUCAUGCUGCUGGUCCUUGUCCGGCUGCUUCUUGAGCCGUGGUUGACGGAGGGCUCUGGGUGGCUGCGAACGGCGACAAUGACUCUAGCGUCCGUAAUUAUCACAUAUCUCAUCACCGUAGGGGUUGUGACAGUAACAUUCUUUGCCGUCUGUGGCUCUGAGAUACAUUGGCGCAACAUUGGGUUGGCUGGCGAUGCCUCCUCCUUUGCCAUGUUUCUCUCUGGCCUUGCAUCAUUAAUCCUAGUUCUCUUCACCGUCCUCUUUGUCGCCUGCAUCUUGCAAGACAUUUGCUACGUAGCUGCAGGAGUGGCUACCGACAUUCUCAAGUGGCCCAUUUCCUUCGUUCUGCGUCGGUCAUCACCGCCAACCACCUACUCUCAGGUACCUCAGCUUGACGUUGAGCUUGCCAGCGCAUCCGACGAUAUGGAGGACGAGGAAUUCUGCAGCAUGAAAAGCAAGACAUCAGCCAUUAUUCUACGGCGGCUGCUGUACCUUUUCAUCGGCUGCGCACUCCUCACCCAUGUCGUCCUGGUCUUGAUUCGCCCGAAUGAGAGUGCCUUGAACUUCCUAUCAUGGACACCCGCUCUGCUCCCUUUCGUCGACUUCACAUUCUCCUCGCCAAGCCUUGACCAUCUGAAGCCCAUCUACGGCUCCAGCAUCGAGCGCUCCUGGGACAACCUCACCGCUUUGACCGACCCUGUUUCUUUCCCUUGGCUGCCUCAGAGGCAUGUUCCUGGAUUUGGAGACUGGUACAAAAACAACAAGCAUUACAACGCCGCUGCGGAUCCUCUCAAGAUUUCUAAUUUGAACGACGCCCUUCUUCCAGCGCUGCAGGAUAAGCUUGCCGAUGUGCCGAUUCGCCAUGUCAUGCUCAUCCUCCUCGAAAGCACGCGAAAGGACGUCUUCCCCCUCAAGAAGGAUGGCCUUAUCUGGGAACGCCUGGCCAACUCAUUUAGUAACAAGACCUUACCAAAUGAGGCUCAAGCCAUGUUGGCUGGCCUUACACCAAACGCCAACUUUAUUACCGGCGACUACGAUGAUGGAUUUGAACACGAAACCAAGAAAAGGCGCGGUGGCAUCAACUUCAACAAUGUCUUCACCACCGCUACCUAUACCAUAAAGAGCAUUGUUGGCACAAUGUGUGGCCUCACGCCGCUCAUGGCAGAUUUCAAUUUGGAGUACCUCCACCACUUUUACCAACCGUGCUUGCCUCAGGUCUUUGACGCCUUUAACAAAAUGGACAAUGAUGACCAUCCCAGCAAGAGUUCCAAGGACUUUACGUCGUUUAAAUGGCAAUCCACCUUCAUGCAAUCAGUUACCAAGAACUAUGAUAGAUAUGUGCCUCUGCUGUCCAACAUGGGUAUUUCUCCUGAAAACCUCGUCUCCAAGGAAUAUCUCAAGAGCCGUUUCGCCAAAUUUGGCCCAGUGGAUCUACCAGACAUCAACUACUUCGGCAUGGCUGAUAUUGCUGUAGAGGACUAUAUUCGAGAUGCCUUUGUCCAAGCCAAGAAGAAUAACGAGCGAGCAUUCGUCACCCAUCUGACCAGCACGAGCCACCAUCCGUUCGCUAUCCCGGCUGAGGAGAAGUAUACACCACUGGGAAAUGGUCUGGACGAUAUUUCCCACUAUCUGAACGCCAUCGGCUAUGACGACCGCUGGCUUGGCAAGAUCAUGAAUAUUUUGGAUGAGGAGGGUGUUGCGGACGAGACUCUUGUCGUUUUUGUUGGUGACCAUGGAGUGUCUAUGCCAGAAAACAACAUUCUAGCGCCUUAUUAUAACCCCAACAUUGGUACUUUGCGUGUACCCCUUAUCUUCUCGCAUCCGAAGCUACCGGCAAUCGAUGUCAAUGAUGCAGUCAUCUCGUCGCAAAUUCUCCCUACCAUCCUUGACCUCCUCCGCGAAACUGGGUCGCUUUCCGAAUCGCACACCAGGGCUGCUUCGGACUUGGUCCAGAACUACGAAGGACAAUCGCUCAUCCGGCCAGUACACACAUCCUCCAACGAAACCGGCCAGGGCAACUGGCAUUUUACCGUCAUUAAUCCAGGUCGCGCCAUGCUGAGCAUCCGCGACGCUCGACAACCGGAUUGGCACCUCAUCGUGCCCAUCAUCGACAAUGUCGAAUGGCAGUUUACGAAUCUGAUGAAUGACCCGACGGGAGCGCAAACCCUGCUCGGAUUUGACUUUGUUAAUUUCAUGUACAGCGUUGAGAAAUCGCACGGCGUCGAUGCCGCGAAAUGGGCCGAAGAAGCUGCAUUUAUGGCCCGCUGGUGGGUCGAAGAGAAUGGGAAGCGAUGGCGUUAUGGUCCCUAUGCCAACUAA